AUGAUGGAAGUCGACGGCGUGGAGAGUUGGAACAAUCCUAUGGAAGGAGCGAAAUUCGCAAAUUUAAAAGCUUUUGUAAAUGCUGCUCGUGAAUUUGAAGCCACUCACAGUGAAUCUGCAAUAAAUAUGAUGACUCGUUAUUUAGGGUUAAUAGCUUCAUCAUGUGAUCUUACAAUAUUUUCUCCCGGUCGGAGCGAGGUGUGCGCGUUUUUUAGUUCUCUCUGGAGGGUAAUGUGUGAUGCGAGAGGCCCUCACUGGGCAGGCGUAGCGGUACUCGCCCGGGCCGCUAUAGAAUCGAGUACUAGACAUGCCUUAACACAUACGUACAAGUUUAUGCCUAUUUUGGCAAGACUUCUCUCUGACAAUAUUUCAAAUGAUAAAAAAAUUAAACUUCUGUCUGUGAUGCAGGACAUCUCAUAUGGUAUAAAAAUAAGCUGGCAAGAGUCCUAUCUCACUGGACUCAUGAAACAGCUCACCGAUUGGAUAACGCAGCCCAUGACGGAACCACAGCAGCGUGCUAUUGGUCACAAAUCAUUGACUGUACUUGUUAAUGUGUGCUAUGGGAACCUGCCGGCAAUAUAUGCUUUAAUGAGGACUGUAGAUACUAAAGAGUUUGUUGUGCAUCUGAUUAGUUUAAAGGAUGGUGCAUAUGGUGGUGUUGAAGUAUGCCGUCUGUUACUCUGCCUCUCAAGCGCGACCCGCGGCGCUGCUUCUACUAGACAGCCAGACGUCCACAGCUACUUAUGUUGCACAAUGCGGACAUUCUCUAAGGCUAUAGUUGAAAAGGAUUCAACGCAAUUACUUCAUGCCUACACAUUCAUUAAAGAUCUCUGCUCAGACAGCAGCUUAAGAAAUUAUGUUCUAACAUACACAAAAUUUAAUAAUGCACUUCAAGAUUCAUUGAAUAACAUUGAAGAAUUAUGUAAAACAUCUCCAGAUGAUAUGGGCGAAUCUGAGAAUUGUUCGAAUUGUUUAUGCAAUGUGCUGAAAUUUCUCACAGUUUUAGUCAAUUUAGAUAUAUAUUCAUUGAGAAGUUUUCACAGUCAGCUAGUAUGUCUGUGUAUGAAAUCAUCUCGAAUUUGUUUGCCGGAGUCUUUAGAGCUUUUUGCUGCUAUCGUUUCCGUAUAUAAAGACGAGGGCGCCCUGCCAAGGGAAUUGAUAUCAGUAAUAAAUGAUGGAUUACCAGCUUUAUUGGUACCGCCGGCUUUGGAGCCGGGUAAAUCUGGUUUACAAUGGUUACAAGUAGUGGGAGUGUUAUGCGAAAUGAGUGAAACACAAGAGCGGGUGUUGCAGGAAGUAACUCCUGACGCCUUCGAGGACACCCUGUAUAGUGUGUUACAAUAUACAUCACAGAACGGCCCUAUGGGCACCGAGACGGCCCAGCAGUGUGUGGUAGUGGCAUGUCGCGGCGGGCUGUGUUUGGCGCCGCUACACACACACUGGGAGGCAGCCUUCAACAGGAUGCUCGCACACCACCAGGUCCGUAAGUUGUUAAGUGCGGGUCUCACAAGCGGUAGCGGUCCUCGUCGCAGACAGAUCUUACAAUUGAUCAAACAUCACUAUUUUCCAUCUGAACAUAUGAAUCAGAUAUUUGGUGAUAAUCUUCAAAAUGUAUCCGAUAUAAGUGUGGAAAGUGUGUCGCCUCGCGAGGAAUUUGAUAGUGUAUGGUCGGACAGACUCACACCAGCUCAGGAAAGAGCUAUCGAUGAGCUCAUCAAUAUGAUGAGGGAAUCUCUAGUCAGUGGGAAGAUAAAUGACAUAGCUACAUCAAGUGUAAUGGAACUCUAUGGCUACAAGAUGACUUGCUUAGAACAGAGGUUACAUUCACAUUCAUUAGCGUUACAGGGAGCCUCAGAGCAUAUGGCGUCACUACAACACGCACUUGCAUUAUUACAAGCAACAAAUACAUCACAGCAAGAUGUAUUAUACACUACACAGAUGCAGAAUGAAAAACAUAAAAAGGUAAUAGAGGAUCUUCACAAACAAUUGGAAGACGCUGAAACAACUGUGCGGGGAUACCGAGCGAAGUUAGCGGCGGAGAGAUUGGAUAAAGAAAAUCAAAAAGAGCACUUACAAAAAGAAUUGCGAGCUCAAAUAGCUACCAUAGAAAAUGAAAUGAAAGUACGCGAAAGAGAAUUAGAAGAGCGUUUGAAGCAACAGGAAGCCGAUAAUAGAACAUUACAAAAGAAAUUGGAACAACAGUCAAACAAGAACAACGAGCUGGCCGGAGUGUUGAUAAAGUUCGAGGAACGAGUUAAACAGAGAGAUAAGAAGUUGGAGGAAGCGGCCGCCGCUGACACCGCGCUCAGGAAGGAAAUAGAACAGAGGGAGAAUACUAUAAAACAGUUAGAGAAAACAGUAGUGGAGCGUGAGAACAGAUUGUUCCAAGUGACUUCACAGCUUGAAGAAAUGAAACGAGUCCAGGAAAUGGUCGCUAAGCUAAUGAGCAAAAGCGCGUCUACUACCAGCUAG